AAGGACGGAUCGCACGGAGGGACGGACCGCGGGGAAGGACGGACCGCACGGAAGGACGGACCGCGGGGAAGGACGGACCGCGCGGAGGGACGGACCGCGCGGAGGGAGGGACCGUGUGGAGGGACGGACCGCACAGAGGGACGGACCGCGCGGAGGGACGGACCGCAUGGAAGGACGGACCGCACGGAGGGACGGACCGCGCGGAGGGACGGACCGCAGGGAGGGAGGGACCGCACGGAGGGACGGACCGCCCCAGACCCGCGGCGGUAGCUAUUACAACACUCUCGUGUCGCUCUCGUUUUCUCUCUCCCCCCGUUCUCCCUUUUUUCUCUCUUUCUCUGCUUUUCUCUCGCGUCUCCGUCGCUGGCCAAAUGAAGGGACUUGGCACUUUGAUGCCGUUUUGAGUCUUAGUUCUGUUCCCGAGAAUGUAGAAGGAACCUGGCCACGGCAACACGUUGGAGUCAGUCAGAAGUUAAGCCCAGCCGCCCCCAACCUCCCAGAAUUACCUGAGGUCGGUUGGAAAGCAAGGGGGUUUAACCUCUGCCAAAUUGUUCAGCCCGACAGUGGAUCGUGACAGACUGACAUGGCUGGAGGCGAUGGAUAUCCAGCUUCCCGUCUGGGUUCCUGGGCUGACACGCUGGGAUAUCGCAUGGGUCCCCAAAGAGCAAAGUAUGAAGCUGAAAGAGGCAAGUCUUCCCAGCGGUCAUCAGAAGUCCUGAAGGAAAUCCUGAAGGACCUGGACAAGGCAGCGCUUGAGAUGGACCGUGAGACUGCGGAGAAUGAGGCGCUUCAGGAAGGAGGCAGUCACGCGGUGCCAGUCUCUGAUGACAGAAGAGGGGCAAUUCAGUCAGUGGAGGUGCCAGGCGUGGAUGGCACGAGAAACAGAAAUGCUAUGGAUCCAAAAGCUUUCCAGAAGUACUGCAUAGAAGGCGCCGUGGCGGUCGUGGGCUCCAUAUUGCUUGGGAUGGUUUUCUGUUGUGUGAUCCGCCUGUGGAGGAAGAGAAGGCGGCGCCUCGCCGCAGCUUCGAGAGCCCGGCCCGACACCAGCAGCUGCCCCUCACACCCGGACACCUGGACUGCCCACCCCAGCACCUCCAAGAGCUGGACCCAACACCAGCAGCCGUCACAUGUGCCUGGAAAAGCGGCCCACCAGCCACGGAGCACCGGCGGGGAACCAGCCUCCACCAGCCCGGACGGCCGCCCGGCCCGCCCGCCUCCGCCCCGGCCCAAAUGGCUGUCCAACUCAGCCAGCCAGGUGUUGCGGGACCGGCCCAGCACCCUCCGGGCCCCGGAGAAACGGCAACCACCCCCUCGCCCCCCAAGCCCAUUUCUCCAGCCCUCCUGCAAGGGCCUGGGGCAGUCCCGCCAGGAUAUGGAUUUGGGGAGCAACGGGGAAUGCGAGGGCCUAUAG